GUAACUUCUGAUUGUUUUCUUUGGGGGUAUAUAAGGGGUUUUAGGGUAGUCGUGUGCCAGACACACAGCCACCAAAACCAGCGCGAGUAGCUUCUCUUCACUGAAGUGCUGCACAGGCGCGUGCUACUUCAUCUACAAAGCAGGGAACCACAAAAACAAUUUGUGCAGCAAGAGUCCAGGAUCCAGCAGCAAACUUUCGAAACUGUCAGGUGCAUGAACCUUCUCCCUGGAGCAUAACUAUUAAUUAAACCGAGCUGUGGGACGUAGUAAAAAAGGAAACUUAAGAAUGUACUCCGAAUCGGAGAGCGCUGAUUGCAAGGAGCAAAAUGAGGGGCUUGAAUUAUCCGAGUUUUCCCCGGAUCAGACAUUCUUGCUAUCUUCAGAAAGUGAGAUGGAAAUGUCACCAGAAAAGAAAACGCGUGAACAGGACUGUAAGCGCAGAUCUCGAGGAAGGAACAACAAGUGCAGCAAAACCCCAGAAACUUUAUUGAAAGUUAAGAAAUCCCGAAGAGUAAAAGCAAACAACAGGGAAAGAAACCGAAUGCACAAUCUAAAUGCAGCCUUGGAUUCUCUCAGGGAAGUCUUGCCCACUUUUCCAGAAGAUGCCAAACUGACUAAAAUAGAAACACUUCGUUUUGCUUAUAACUACAUUUGGGCACUUACAGAAACCCUGAGGUUGGCAGAUCAAGUAAGUGGAGUGUCAGAGAACUUUUUUCCCGGUCUCAGUUACUCCGAUUCUAUCCUAAUGACCCCGACAUCACAAAACUCUUCCGAUGCAUCCCCAUCCUCACCUUGGAGCUGUACUGCCUCCCCCUCGUCCUACACGUGCACUUUAUCUCCAGCCAGCCCAGUACACAAUGAUAUGGACUACUCACAGACAGAACGCAUAUAUACAGUGAACCAGGUGCACAGGGACUUCAUAUAAUCCACAUUCGUGCUCAUUUUAACAACCUCGAAGUACAUCAAUUUUAAUACUGUUAUCUAAGGCAAAAUCCAUGAAUUCAUGUUCUCAGUAAUUGCCUUUGUCAGUAGUAAUGUCAUUGGGAACAUGACGGCCUUUAAAAGACAGGAAGGACCGCUACAAACCAGUUUUGGAAACAUAACUGUUACUUUGUGUUUACAAAAUACUUUGAUACUUUUGACAUACUGAUCUAUUUUUAAAAUGUAAAAGAAAUGUAUUUUUACAAGUGCUGUUAAGGGUAUGACAUUGUUACUUAAAGUUGCAUUGUUGCAUCUUUUUCUUUCUCUCAGUUGAAGGCUGUGGGAAUUUCAACUGUCAAACCAAACUUUCUUUCUUUCUACCCCCAACUCUAAUGUGCACUUUGUUCGUUUUCCCAUGUUCCUUACAGAGACCUUUUUUAUUUUCUCUCCAGUUUUGCCAUCUGUCUUACAUGAUUUAUAUGAAAAAAGUUGUUCAGUGAAAUGGCCAGGUUAGAAGUCAUUGUAUAAUUUGUAGACUUUGUAAUGUCUGAAUGCAAGCGUGGAAAUCUAAGCUGAGCUCUCUAUCAAAAGCCAAAAAGACUGGAGAAAAAGGGGAAAUCAGGAGGGAGGAUUGGUUCAUGCAUUAUUUAUUCCGACAUCCCGGGGGGAUGUAGAAUUGCCUUUCCUUUACAGAGAUUAAAAAUAAAUCAACAGCAUUGGGAAGAGACAUGGAACAUUA